UCGUGAGUGGCCCUUUCUUGUUACUUUUCCUGGACCAUUUCAUCUCUGAGGGGGUUUCACCUUUUCUGUGUAUGUUGCUAACUCCCAAAUCUCCAUCUGUAUUUCUGACCUCUUUCUUGAGCACUGGACCUUUACCUCCAAGUAAAUAUCCUCAACUCUGGAUUGGUACCUUAUACUCUGCUUUUUUCUUUUUUCUUUUUUUUUUUUUUUUUUUGAGACGGAGUCUUGCUCAGUCGCCCAGGCUGGAGUGCAGUAGCACGAUCACGGCUCACUGCAACCUCCGCCUCCCAGGUUCAAGCGAUUCUCCUGCCUCAGCCUCCCGAGUAGCUGGGAUUACAGGCGCGUGCCACCACGCCCGGCUAAUUUUUGUGUUUUUAGUAGAGAUGGGUUUUCACGGCGUUAGCCAGGAUGGUCUCCAUCUCCUGACCUCCUGAUCCGCCCACCUUAGCCUCCCAAAGUGCUGGGAUUACAGGCGUGAGCCACCGAGUCCGGCCUACUCUGCUUUUCUAAAGUGGAAUUAUCUUCCUCUGAAACGUUUCUCCUUUAUUUUAAAUCACCAUUAGUAGUUUGUGUACCCAAACCUGUCAUCAAGGCUUAUCUUUAACCUUGAAAAUGCCUUUUUAAAGAGAACUCCUUUAAUUCCCACGGUUGAGUCUCUCAUUCUUCCGCACGCAAAUAUUUAAAAAUAAGUAAUUUCAAGAAGUCAGUCAAACUCACAAAGCUUUUAACAAGGUGGCAUCCAGCUUGGAAGUCGUGUUCAAGCCCGCAGUUGGGACAUCCAAGAGCUCUUUACAUCCUAAUUACAACACGGAACCCAGACUCACUGCAUAUCCCGUCCCCUAUAUAAUUGCAAAACUUGAUUCUGCAAGUUCCUUUCUCGGGCGGUGAAACUUCGAGGUCCUCUCCAUGGAGACCUUUGAUAAAUGUUUAAGCAGUGAUCUUUUCUUUCUCGUUUGCCUCCAUUGCAACGCCUCCGCUGAUGGUUAAAACUACUCCCUCCGCUACUGCGGGGUGGCAGUGACGUCAACGAAUUAGCUGACCUGUUUUUUCGGGCUCCGCGGACACAGGAGUCCCGAAGGCCGAGAGUGAGUGAGUGGGAGCGGGGCGGCUGCAGCUCCUCCUGUCCGGGGCGGAGCCCUGCGUCGCGGGCCUGGGCUGGCCCCGCCAGCAGCCUUGACGUCUGGGUGCCCAGCAGUGCGACAGCUGCCCGGCCCUGAGGCGAGCGAGUGGGUGUGUGCGUGGGGGGUCGGCCAAACUUCCUGUCCCGCGCUGAGCUGCUUCCGGCGGGAGCCGGAAGAGGCUGUGUGUGGACGGAAUUCGGGACCGACUGACGGCCGGCGGGCCGCCCGGAACUGGAAGGUUACAUUGAUUACCCACCUAGUACAACAUCUUACAGGAAGAGCAUAGUAUUUCCUAGAGGAAUAUGAACAUAACAGGAAGCUCCUGGUACAGUUUGUUCAGAAUACGUCCAUCCCACUGGGACAGGGGCUUGUAGAAUCAGAAGCUAAAGAUAUUACUUGUUUGUCCCUCCUUCCCGUGACUGAAGCCUCAGAAUGCAGUCGGCUAAUGUUACCAGAAUGACUGUUAUCAUAAAGAUGGAAGAUAACAAGUGUUGGCAAGGAUAUGGAGAAAAGGGAACCUUUGUACACUGUUGGUGGGAAUGUAAGUUAGUACAGCCAUUAUGGAAACCGUAUGGAAGUUCCUCAGAAAACUAAAAAUGGAGCUACUUUAUGACCCAGCAAUCUCACUUGUAGAUGAUACUACAAAUCAUUCUAACUCCUCCAAGGAGGUCCCUUCCUCAGCUGUUUUGAGAAGCCUUCGGGUGAAUGUGGGUCCAGACGGAGAGGAGACGAGAGCUCAGACUGUACAGAAAUCCCCGGAGUUUUUGUCCACUUCAGAGUCUUCUAGCUUGCUGCAAGAUCUACAGCCAAGUGAUAGCACUUCUUUUAUUCUUCUUAACCUAACAAGAGCAGGUCUGGGCUCUUCAGCUGAGCACUUAGUGUUCGUACAAGAUGAGGCAGAAGAUUCAGGGAAUGAUUUCCUCUCCAGUGAGAGCACAGACAGUAGCAUUCCAUGGUUCCUCCGGGUUCAAGAGUUGGCCCAUGAUAGUUUGAUUGCUGCUACUCGUGCACAACUGGCAAAGAAUGCAAAAACCAGCAGCAAUGGAGAAAAUGUCCACCUUGGUUCUGGUGAUGGGCAACCAAAAGAUUCUGGGCCCCUUCCUCAAGUGGAAAAGAAGCUCAAGUGUACAGUUGAAGGUUGUGACCGGACAUUUGUAUGGCCAGCUCACUUUAAAUACCACCUCAAGACUCAUCGAAAUGACCGCUCCUUCAUCUGUCCUGCAGAAGGUUGUGGGAAAAGCUUCUAUGUGCUGCAGAGGCUGAAGGUGCACAUGAGGACCCACAAUGGAGAGAAGCCCUUUAUGUGCCAUGAGUCUGGCUGUGGUAAGCAGUUUACUACAGCUGGAAACCUGAAGAACCACCGGCGCAUCCACACAGGAGAGAAACCUUUCCUUUGUGAAGCCCAAGGAUGUGGCCGUUCCUUUGCUGAGUAUUCUAGCCUCCGAAAACAUCUGGUGGUUCACUCAGGAGAGAAGCCUCAUCAGUGCCAAGUCUGUGGGAAGACCUUCUCUCAGAGUGGAAGCAGGAAUGUGCAUAUGAGAAAGCAUCACUUGCAGCUGGGAGCAGCUGGGAGUCAAGAGCAGGAGCAAACUGCUGAGCCACUAAUGGGCAGUAGUUUGCUUGAAGAGGCUUCAGUACCCAGUAAAAACCUGGUGUCUAUGAAUUCCCAGCCCAGCCUUGGUGGAGAGUCCUUGAACCUACCAAAUACCAAUUCUAUCCUGGGAGUUGAUGAUGAGGUGCUUGCUGAAGGAUCCCCACGUUCCCUGUCUUCAGUGCCUGAUGUGACACAUCACCUCGUGACCAUGCAGUCAGGGAGGCAAUCAUAUGAAGUUUCUGUCUUAACUGCAGUAAAUCCACAAGAGUUACUAAACCAAGGAGAUUUAACUGAAAGACGGACAUGAGCGUCGGUGCUGACUCCUGGAAGAGCAGCUCCAUCUGAUCUCAAAAUGCAUAUACUGGGAACAGGAUGGCUUAGCCCACAACAGAACCAGAAUGAAUCUUUGAAGGCACAAGACUCUGCUUUUGCCACUCUUUCUCUUUCCUGGUAUAGAAGAUGGAUGUAGGAGAGCUUCUUUUCUAACUACCAUCUGAUCCAGACAAGGAAUGAAGCAAUGACUGUGGGCUGGGAAACUGUACCUACCUCUCUUCCCACUGCAAAAUUCUGGGAUAGACCAAAAGUGAAUUUGAUUAUGUGUUGGCUGAAGUUCUUCAUUCUGACUGUUGAGGGGAGGUUUUUCUUUGAAGAGUUUUCAUCCCAGACUCAGCUGUCUUUUCACAUGGAUGAAAUAAUUCCUGCUACCAACAACAGAGCUUCACCAGGAAGUUUGAGUUUUCAAGAUGCCUUGUUGCUUUGAAGAAGGGAGUGAUGUCAAUUCUCUUGUUACAUUCUCCCUUUAGCAACCUGAGUAAGAGACUCUCUGCCACUGGGCUGCAAAAAAAUAAAUUACUUGAAUCUCCCCUUGGCCCAGGCUGAGGUACUAUCUUGUCCUAUACACUUCUACUUGGUCACUUUGCUUUCUUCGUUAAUGGAACAUACAGCAGCAUGUUAAGAGGGGUUUCAUGUUUUUGUUUUUUUAAAGUUAAAAAUUACAUGAUGGAGAGAUUCAGGUUUUCCUUUAAAUAAACAAAACAGCCCAGUC